AUGCUGAGACCGAUAAAUACAACGCAAGCCUACCCCCUUGGUCCACCGCUUCCGAUACCAGUCACCCUUCAUCAUGAACCUGCCACACACAGCUGGUUGAGAAAAAUAUCACUGGUUGGCGAAGCAGCAUCGUUGGAUCAUCUGGGCCAUCUUCCCAAGCUCCUUCUGGCAAAGGGAGAGACUUGCGUUGAGGUGAAAUUCAUUGGAGGUUUAAUGGUCUUAAUGUUAUUCGAUCACUCUGUAGCUGCCAAGGAAUUCAUGGUAAGCGAGCAUAGGUGGAAGGACUAUCUAAAAUGGGUGAGAUGGGGAGACAAAGUCGAGACGCAUGAAGAACGUGUGGCAUGGGUUAGAAUCAUGGGACUUCCCCUACACCUCUGGGGUCAGCGCAAUUUUCGGAUUAUCACGGAAGGGUUUGGGAAGACAAUUGCUCCUUAUGAAGACAUCCCUCACAGAGUGGAUCUCUCUCAUGUUAAGAUUGGACUGCUCACCACCAGGAGGACUCGAAUUAACGAUGAAAUUCACGCUGCUUUUGAAGGAAAAGUCUAUAAACUGGGCAUCAUCGAAUUUGACGAAGAUUGGUUCCCAUUCAGAUUCGACCCACCUGAAGACGGUAAAGAAAAGUGGAUGAAGACGAUCGGAUGUCAGCGAAGAAUGACGAAAGGGAAGAGGGGGAGAUAUGGCCGGAAGCCACUGAAGUGGGUGCUCAAGAACCGGAAAAAACUAGGGUUUCGGCGAGUGACUCUAACAUGA